CGAAAAAUUGCAAUCUGACGACGACAGGGACUGAGCCUGGGCAUAUAAAUCGACAGGGGGGGACUCAGUAAACUGUCCAUAUCUUUCUUAAAACUGAACAUUUCUUGAUGAAACUUUGUAAGACAUUUUGUAUUGGAUCAUGUUUUACAAUAUCACUGUAAGAUUGGAAAAUGAUAUACGAAACAUUCAUCUAUAAUAGAGCUAAAACAUGACUUUCGUCGGAAGUCAUCACAGGUAUUGAAAAUGGCCACAGAUCUGUUGUAAAUGAGGUAGAAAGACGUUUUCGUGCAAAAAUAAGCGUGAAAUUUGAUUUUUUUUUUAAAUUUUGGCCUCUUUUUUUUUUUUAACAGGUGUGCCCAUUUUUAUCUGAGCUUUUUGGCCAAAAAGGAUCAUUUUUAUCUCUGUAAUGUUAGAGAAUGAUCAAAAUUACUAGACCUUAUUUCUGUUUUUUUUACGGAAUGAAUCGUAUUUCAGCUUCCAAGUCAAAUCAAAAGCAGACAACUGAAAUUUUCACGAAAAAUUGCAAUCUGACGACGACAGGGACUGAGCCUGGGCAUAUAAAUCGACAGGGGGUGACCUCAGUAAACUGUCCAUAUCUUUCUUAAAACUGAACAUUUCUUGAUGAAACUUUGUAAGACAUUUGAUAUUGGAUCAUGUUUUACAAUAUCACUGUAAAAUUGGAAAAUGAUAUACGAAACAUUCAUCUAUAGGUCAGAGACCACCAAUUCAAAAAAGUACAGGGAACUUACUGGGAAUGAGAAAGUAUGUCACCACAAGCUCGUUUCGAAGAGCACUUUGCCGCUUUGAAAGUUGCUGACGAAACCAUAGACAUGCUUGACCUGACGCCGGCCAUUUCUGAGGAACCGUAACCGGAAAUAAAUCGUCCACCAGUACAGAUUGUUUGGCGGAACGCGAUACUGAUGGGGUCGUUACAUCUUGCUGCGCUGUAUGGACUGUAUCUCAUACCAAAUGCGAAGAUAUCAACAUUUGUUUGGGCAUAUUUUCUGUACAUUAUUGGGGGACUUGGUAUUACGGCAGGUGCUCACAGACUAUGGGCUCACAGGUCGUACAGGGCGCGGCUGCCAAUGAGGAUCGUUCUAGCCGUAUUCAACUCUUUGGCUUUCCAGAAUGACGUCAUAGAAUGGGCAAGAGAUCAUAGGGUUCAUCACAAAUUCUCGGAAACGAAUGCCGAUCCCCAUAAUGCAAAACGCGGGUUCUUCUUCGCUCACGUGGGAUGGUUACUAGUAAGAAAACACCCGGAUGUAAAUAGGAAAGGGAAACUCCUUGGCGUGUCUGAUCUGAUGAAAGAUCCCGUUCUCCGUUUUCAGCGGAGAUUUUACCUACCAUCUGUGAUAGUGCUGUGUUUUCUCAUCCCAACGAUUGUACCAGUGUUUUGUUGGAGUGAAUCAGUUAUCAACGCGUAUUUCAUAUGUGCCACAUUAAGGUAUAUAGUCACACUAAAUUUCACAUGGCUUGUUAACAGUCUUGCUCACAUGUGGGGUAUGAGACCGUACGAUGUAAAUAUCAACCCAGCAGAGAAUGUUUUCGUCGCCAUGGUCAGCGCGGGAGAGGGAUUCCAUAAUUACCACCAUACUUUUCCACAAGACUAUUCAACGUCAGAAUUUGGAUGGUGUCUGAACAUCACAAAAUUCUUUAUAGACACGUGUGCUGUCUUCGGUCUAUCGUGCGACCGGAAAACCAUUCCAGAAGAAAUAGUUGAGCAGAGACGGCGGCGAACUGGAGAUACGCGUGUAGUUACUGCGGAGCUGAAACAGGAAUAAAUGUUGAGAACGACUAUGGUGCUAGCUCUUUCUGAAACAGAAUGGAAACUUUUAUUCUUUUAGCAUUUGCUUUGUAGGCUUUUUUAAUCAUAUAUUUUUAUGCGGUUGAGUAACCCGUCGUCAUUAGUCAGUUCUAGAAUGCUGUUCGGAAUAAAUCAAUCAAAUGAUGGACUAGAGGGACACAACCUUAUAAAGCUCAUAGCAGAAUUUGGUAACUACAAGCUUGGACUAAUACCUAGACUGACUUAAAGUUAGAACAUUGCAGACGAUUUGAGACAUUUGUGUUCCUUGCUUGUCAAAUGCAUAUUUUUCAAUUCAUUGUAUCUUUGA